GGCGACGCGAGCCAAUGAGGAGUGGGCCGGGAAAGAAGGACAGGCGGCCAGCCUAUUGGGGAGGAGAGGCCCGGCUGCGCGUAUCCAAGCAGCGCGGGGCCGAGCUCGGGGGUGUGGCGCAGCGCCGGCGGGGGUGGGCGGGCGCGCCGGGUGGCAGGUGUCAGCGGCGUCUGCAUUCGGCAGCGAUGGAGCGGCCCCGGGGAGCUGCGGACGGCCUUUUGCGCUGGCCCCUCGGCCUCCUCCUGCUCCUUCAACUGCUGCCUCCUGCCGCCGUCGGCCAGGACCGGCUGGACGCGCCGCCGCCGCCCGCGCCUCCUCUGCUGCGCUGGGCCGGUCCGGUCGGGGUGAGCUGGGGGCUGCGCGCCGCCGCGCCCGGGGGCCCCGUCCCCCGCGCUGGCCGUUGGCGCCGCGGCGCGCCCGCCGAGGACCAAGACUGCGGCCGCCUCCCGGACUUCAUCGCCAAGCUGACCAACAAUACGCACCAGCAUGUCUUUGAUGACCUCAGUGGCUCAGUGUCCUUGUCCUGGGUUGGAGACAGCACUGGGGUUAUUCUCGUCCUGACCACUUUCCAAGUGCCUCUGGUAAUUGUGAGCUUUGGACAGUCCAAGUUGUAUCGAAGUGAGGAUUAUGGAAAGAACUUUAAGGAUAUUACAAAUCUCAUCAAUAACACCUUCAUUCGGACGGAAUUUGGCAUGGCUAUUGGUCCUGAGAACUCUGGAAAGGUGAUACUAACAGCGGAGGUGUCCGGGGGAAGCCGAGGCGGAAGAGUGUUCAGGUCAUCAGACUUUGCCAAGAACUUUGUGCAAACAGAUCUCCCCUUUCAUCCUCUGACGCAGAUGAUGUACAGCCCUCAGAAUUCUGAUUACCUGUUAGCUCUCAGCACCGAAAAUGGCCUGUGGGUGUCCAAGAAUUUUGGGGAAAAAUGGGAAGAAAUCCACAAAGCAGUAUGUUUGGCCAAAUGGGGACCAAACAACAUCAUCUUCUUUACCACCCAUGUGAAUGGCUCCUGCACUGAUCUUGGUGCCCUGGAAUUAUGGAGAACAUCCGACUUGGGAAAAACCUUCAAAACCAUUGGUGUGAAAAUCUACUCCUUUGGUCUUGGGGGCCGUUUCCUUUUUGCCUCUGUGAUGGCUGAUAAGGACACAACAAGAAGGAUCCAUGUGUCAACAGACCAGGGGGACACAUGGAGCAUGGCACAACUUCCUUCUGUGGGACAGGAACAGUUCUACUCCAUCCUGGCAGCCAAUGAGGACAUGGUCUUCAUGCAUGUAGAUGAACCUGGAGAUACCGGGUUUGGCACCAUCUUUACCUCUGAUGAUCGAGGCAUUGUCUACUCCAAGUCUCUGGACAGACAUCUCUAUACCACCACAGGCGGGGAGACGGACUUUACCAACGUGACUUCCCUCCGUGGGGUCUAUAUAACAAGCACGCUCUCAGAAGAUAACUCUAUUCAGAGCAUGAUCACUUUUGACCAGGGAGGACGGUGGGAGCACCUGCGGAAGCCGGAGAACAGCAAGUGCGACGCUACCGCAAAGAACAAGAACGAGUGCAGCCUUCAUAUCCAUGCUUCUUAUAGCAUCUCCCAGAAGCUAAACGUUCCAAUGGCCCCACUUUCCGAGCCCAAUGCUGUGGGCAUAGUCAUCGCUCACGGUAGUGUGGGAGAUGCCAUCUCGGUGAUGGUCCCAGAUGUGUACAUCUCAGAUGAUGGGGGUUACUCCUGGGCGAAGAUGCUAGAAGGACCACAUUACUAUACCAUCCUGGACUCUGGAGGCAUCAUUGUGGCCAUUGAGCACAGCAACCGUCCUAUCAAUGUGAUUAAGUUCUCCACAGAUGAAGGCCAGUGCUGGCAGAGCUAUGUGUUCACACAGGAGCCCAUCUACUUCACUGGGCUUGCUUCCGAGCCUGGAGCCAGGUCCAUGAACAUCAGCAUCUGGGGAUUCACAGAGUCUUUCAUUACCCGCCAGUGGGUCUCCUACACAGUCGAUUUCAAAGACAUCCUUGAGCGGAAUUGUGAAGAGGAUGACUAUACCACGUGGCUGGCACACUCCACAGACCCUGGAGAUUACAAAGACGGCUGCAUUUUGGGCUAUAAAGAACAGUUCCUACGGCUACGGAAGUCAUCCGUCUGUCAGAAUGGUCGAGACUAUGUUGUGGCCAAGCAGCCAUCCGUCUGUCCGUGUUCCCUGGAGGACUUCCUCUGUGACUUUGGCUACUUCCGUCCGGAGAACGCCUCAGAGUGCGUGGAGCAGCCUGAACUGAAGGGGCAUGAGUUAGAGUUCUGUCUGUACGGCAAGGAGGAGCACCUGACAACAAAUGGGUACCGGAAAAUCCCAGGAGACAAAUGCCAAGGUGGGAUGAAUCCCGCCAGAGAAGUAAAAGACUUGAAAAAGAAAUGCACAAGCAACUUCUUGAACCCCACAAAGCAGGACUCCCGCCCACAGGGACACAGCUUGUCCCAGAAUCCAGCUCCGCCUCCUCUUGGAUACACUGAAAACACACACUUCCUAUCUCCUACCCAGAAGCAGAAUUCCAAGUCAAAUUCUGUCCCUAUUAUCCUGGCCAUCGUGGGACUGAUGCUUGUCACAGUCGUAGCAGGAGUCCUCAUUGUGAAGAAAUAUGUCUGUGGCGGAAGGUUCCUGGUGCACCGGUACUCGGUGCUACAGCAGCACGCAGAGGCUGACGGCGUAGAGGCUUUGGAUUCAACCUCCCACGCUAAAAGCGGAUAUCACGACGACUCAGAUGAGGACCUCCUGGAAUAGCUCUUCAGAGGAGCUGGGACUGCGUGUGCGUGGAGCCACAGUACCUCCUACACUCCCUGAGGCUCCGACUUGGGGAAAUAAAUUUCCCACCUCGUCGGCCCCAGCUCUGUUUCUGCCACUCCUGUCCAAGCCCAAAGGACCUACACUAAAGAAAGCAGGAUGGGGGUGGGGGACCCCGACUGACCUCACAGUUGGCUCUGAGGAGAGGGGGGAAAUUUUAAAUUCUUUAACAUUUUUGUUUCAAUUUCUGUCUUUUGUAAGACUGUGGGCUUUAGGCUUCUCUUGGUUUGUUUUGUGCAUUAAGGGACAUAACUUGGGACUCAAAGGGAUUGUUUCGCUGACCCCGCUCUUGUGUGUUCCCUCUGGUGCCCACCCCAGGGCAUCUGCCAACUCCAGCAUCAACUCAACUCCCACCGCAUACCUGGUGCUGUCCCUGGGCUCUGCUGGUCAUGUGAGGCAGCCUCGGAGAAGGAAGCAGAGGGUGUAAUGACUGGCACACCUGGACAGCUUUUCUCCAUCCGCAGACAGCCCUGUUCAGAGAGUACCGAGCACCAGCCCUGUGCGGCUUCCUCAUCCCCACCUCACCCCCAACCACUACUGUAGGGCACAAUGACUUUUCUUUUCCCGUUUAAUUAGGCAAUACCCUUGUUAAUUGCCCGUUGGCAACUAACUUAAUCAUGUGCUUCCAACACACUAAAUAGGGAAAACUUACAGGGCAAUAUUUUUAACUUGUGGCAAGAGGGAGGCAGAGAAUUGACUAGCUCUGACACCUAUUAAAGACAAAACUGGCUGCUUCUGAGCUCUUUCAGGCUGUACUUUGUGCUGUGCCAGUGGCUCUGCCCAGGCUCCGCCAUCCCUUUACUGGAGUUCAUUGGUCAGUGCACAGUGCAGCCACAGGACUGACCGUCGUAGGCUUCCAUUUUUCCCAUCACCCACUGUAAAGGCUCAGAGUUGAACUACCACUGUGGCUGCUUAUUGCUUCCUCCUAAGUUGCUACUGUUCAUAGAACUGGGACUGGGAAUGUUUUCAGGUUGAUGGACUUUUUCAAGCUCAAAGUUAUGUUCCCAGACUAUCCUCACCCUUCCCCUAGUUUUGCUGAGUUAUUUGUUGUCCAGAACCUGUUGGCUAACCCCACUGAAGGCACAUUUCUAGAUGAUGCCGUGUGUGGUCAAUACAUUGCUUUCAUGUUUUAAAUUUAAGGAAAAAUUUUAUCUGAUAUUUUUCCAAAUUAAAUAAGUUAGAGAAUGCAAUCGGCGGAUGUGGGGGCGGCCAUCUGGUAGUGGAAAGCUGUAGCGAUCUGAGUACAGCUUAGAUGUUAGCUGGAGAGGAAGAUGGUGUGGCAGGUCUCUGGUCUCCCUACCCCUGCUGUGCUGAUCACAGUCCCUCCCAGUUACCACUAGGACAUUCUCUAGUAGAUCCAUUUUGCUGUCACUUUAUUCUAUGGCUAGAAAGUCAGUGGAAAGUAAAUGUGCCAAACUCACUUGUCAGAACACACGAGCAGAUGGCAGAGUCCUCCUCCCCAGCAGGAACAAACGGCAUCAGGGAAAGAGGGGGAGGAAGAGGAGGGAGAAGAAGAGGAGGGAGAGCCAAAGAGAUGUCAACUGCAGCUCAGUGAGUCAUGGAACGUCAGUUAGAAAACGAAGUUAGGGUCGUUUCUGGGAAGAGAAUCAAUACCUGUUAGAGCCAGAAUGCUCCAAGUCUUUUAGCUUGUUCAUUUUGUAAUGAUUCUAAAAUAAUUCCAAAGAUAUAGCAGCUCAUAAAUUUAUCAAAAGUUCUGUCCACCCUCACCUCCUGCCAAGGGGAGAGAUCUAUUUCUACUACACGCUGUCUCUCCCAGUACAUCCCCGGAUUGGUGUGGGUAGAUAGGCCAACGUAUGGUGAUCUCCCCUAGUGUCUGGAUGGACUUAAUGCUCAUCCCUGACCAGAGACUAGGGUGCUCUGCCUCUAAUGGUUUCUGGGAUUUCUGUAGAGCUUGGCAGUUUCUGGCUCAUUUCUCUUGAGCACCGCACUAUUCUUGCCAUAGAGAGAGCCCAGGAGCCAACGCUGAAUCAGGUGCCCGGAGUCUUUGGAGCUCUGAAACUCUCGGCUAUGCAAGACCCCGGGUCCUUGCAGCAGAGCUUCUCAUGGGUGGCUUGCUGGGGCCGGGCCGAGGACUCCUCAGAGGCGUUUCCUGCAGAGCCAUUAUUUUGACGCCUUUUUGUUUUCUUUUUGAAAAACAAAAUAUUAUUCCCCUGCUUCAUGGCUGAAAUAAAAGGUGAUGGUAACUGGGGGCACCCCCUCUCCCUGGGAUAGCCACUGUCGGGGAGCACAGGACCAGCCUCUGGAUCAGUCCCUCUCUGCCCCUUCACUUCUGUCUCUAGCUCACUGGCUCUGUGGGCUUGGGCUCUGCCCCUACAACGGCUCUCAGAAGCAUUCACACGCACAGAUGUGCAACCUCAGCCAGAAGUUGAAGCUCUUUAAGCCAUUUUAUUUAUUUUGUUUUUUACAGAAUUUGUGCUUUGGUUUGCCCUGCGCAGCCUUGGAGCAUCAUAAGCCUGGCUGGUGGGCAUAGUUAUUCUCAGCAUUGUGGUGGCAAAUGACGUUGGUUCUAGAGACUUAGAGACUUGGGCAAUAGGAUUUAACACUGCUAGGUAGCUCAGACAUAUCAGAAAAUCCAUAGUGGCCUGAGUUGUAAAUCCAAAACAUAUUUUUGUUGGCUUGGGACGUUAGGGGCUUGGGGUUUUCCUGAGGCAAGAGGUCAUGGCUGAAUGGGCCUGUGCCGUGAAUUGAAUGGAACACUACUUUGAGGCCCUUGGAGAGUGACAGCAGCUAUAGGGUGGACUCAGGAGCUGUCAGUCUUAACAGCUGAGCCUUGGACCCCACUGCCUCUGAGUCUACAUUCUGGCAGGCAGUCCCAUGCUCUGGGCCUUACCUCUAGUCCCCUGCCUGCUCACACCUGGUCCCCUAGCCUUUUCUCUUGGGCAGUGUAGUAGUAUGGGCGAGCCACCCUCAGCUCUUUUAUUGGCCGGGGCUAUAAACCAUGGCUGGGCAUAACUAUUCCGAACUGUCCCCCCAUCAGGAUACAAGAUGCUGAGAGGGCUGCAGGGCCAUUCCAUCAAGCCCCAGGGUGAAAGGGCUGGCAUGGCAUCGCUCAUUUUAUUGCUCUGCAGGUAAACUGUAUAGGUAUAGAGUCCUCCAGUGCUCUGAAGAGCCCUGCCUCUAUGCACGCCCCCGGCAAAGGGCUUGUCAGUAGGUCCCCCUCAACUCCAUACUCAACAGGGAUGCACAGGAUUGCUAACAGAGGGCGGGGCACACCUCAGUUUUCUAUCACCUUCCUACCAGAGGGGAAAGUAACCUGAACUUUAAUGUCUUUUGGAACAAAACCAAAGUUUAAGAUUUGCCAUAUGACGACGUGGUGACCGGGAAGUCCAGAGUCGGCAAGCAGGUGCCAGAUUUUCUAUCCCAUCAGCCAGUGCUUCACCAGGUGCAGGCUGCUAUGGGCUUGUGGAAACCACAGGUACAGGUGGGAUUUCAUGGGUCCAUGUGUUACAAAAAUAAGAAUUGGAGCAUUAACUUGAAAUUGUCUUCAAGGACUUGCUAUGUGCACUUCUUCACACCGGUACAUUCUCUGCAUCUGUUUAUAUGAAAUAACACAAGCUAAUCUGUACCUUUAUAUAUAUGUGUGUGUACAUAUAUACAUGUAUAAACUGUAUAGUGUACAUGUUAAUGAUUUAUCAGUAUGCCCCGAAUUCCUAGUGCAGUUCUCAUUCUCCGCAUGCCCUCAGCUGUGGUCAGGUGACUUCCUGUCCCCUGGCAGCUCUGCUGAGUCCCUGUGUUUGAGCCUCCAGGGAGAAGGGUUUGGGCUGCAUUCUUCUUAUCCCCAUGCACAGAAACGCUCAGGGUCCCCACGUGCCUGUUGUCCUCCCCUCUAGUCCUUUGUUCCCUUUCUGAGCAUGUGGCCCCUCCCCCGGCUGUGAGGGGCAGCCGCCUUCCUAGGAAAGUGUAAUGCAGGAUCAAGACCACCACUGCAUGUGUACUGAAAACUGCAGACUUCUGCCCGCUUGGGACAGAACAUUGCAUGUGAGGUGGGAUUAUCAAGUUUCAAAGACCUGUGUCAACCAUACAGCAAAGGCAGACCCCAUAACGACGUCCCACAAAAUGGAAAUAAAACGCAAAAUCUCUUUAGCAUUGUGUAAAUAAAUCUGGAUGUGUUUAACUUUGUACUGGUAAUUUUCUGUAUAUUUGCAAUAUUUGGGUUAGAAAUAAACAGCCUGGACUUUGGUACCUAACCUAC